AUGAGUACCAGCUCUGCUGACUACCUUGAUCAAGAAGAUCUUGGUCGUUCAACCACGCUUCCGCCAUUGUUGCACCAUAUACCGCCUCAAGAUCUGCGCAAUGCGUUGAUAGCAUCGAAAACCAGCCAAGCUGCAUUCUGGAAAUACUCUCUAUACAAAUCGCCAAAAAACCAAAAGCCUCUCGUACACUACUGUUGGAAAUUCGAGCAGGCUGAACGAUAUGCAAAGAUGUUCCUUGGAGAGCCAGUCAUCGGAUUUGACAUUGAGUGGGAAGCAGGCAGCACAAUUGGUGACAACAGCAUCAAAGAGAAUGUUUCGCUAAUUCAGAUCGCGUGCGACGAUAGAAUUGCGCUCUUCCACGUUGCUUUGUUUUUUGGAGAGCGUCCAGAAGAUCUCAUGCCUCCAUCACUGAAAGCUAUUCUCGAGUCUCCGGAGGUCCUGAAAACUGGUGUCAACAUUGCAGCGGACUUUUCUCGCCUACGCAGAUGCCUGGGCGUCGAAGGGCAGGGGAUUUUUGAAGUGAGCCAUCUCUACAAGCUUGUGAAGUUCUCUGAGAACGAGCCAGCAAAAGUUGACAAAAAACCGUUCAACUUGGCUGGUCAGGUACAAGAUAUUCUGUUCUUACCUCUUCACAAAGGUGUUGUUCGAACAAGUGCCUGGUCAAAGAAAUUGUCAUUGGAGCAAACCGACUACGCUGCGUCAGAUGCCUAUGCAGGGUUCAGGCUCUUUCGAGAGCUCGACAAAGCGAGGAGCCUGAUGAACCCCAUGCCGCCGAGACCUGCGCCGUGGGAACUUCAUCAGCCCAUCAUUCUUGGUAACGGCGAGCAAGCAGGGCGCAAAACUUUCACGAAAAGGUCCACAGGGCUUGAAACUCAAUUGUCAAUGCUUAGCGUAGAAGAGGAGCAACCCUUCAACGAUGAGGAAGAUGAAGCUCAAGACGAAGCAGGUGCAGACGAUAUGGAAGACGACACUGCUCAGGAUGAGCUCGAAAGCUUUGAUAGGGGAACAGCAGCACCUGUCAAGCAUGAAGCUGCUGAACGAUGGCUUGCAGAGUGGGCAAGCAAUUCUACGCUUGGAAAGAAGAACAAAACUCCGUCUGCAGUACGUGCAUACGCUCUGUGGCAAGUGGAAGGUCUGGAGCUACAGCAAGUGGCCGAAGCGAUGAGAGAACCACCUCUCGCACUUUCAACGGUAGCUUCCUACGUUGUCCAGGUCGUGAAGACGCAAAAGUUGCCCCACGAGCCUGCGAGAUUGCAAGUUGCACUUGAGAUGGAGGAGAGGCGAUACAAAAGUUCGAUACAGAAGACACGGUCUAUAAUCUGA